GCGGGUCCCCGCCGUGUUCUUCGCCUUCGGUGUCUCAUGUCGUGGAACCGCCACUAGUACCCAAGUACUCUACGGGCAUGCUCAAAGCGCUUGGCUCGGAGCUCAGACAGACGACGGGCCGGCGUUAAACUUCAGCUGAACACAAAGAAUCCUCAGCUUUCCGAGGGCUUGAACUGAACCCGAGGCCCCUAGUUCCUCUUCUGGUGCUUGCCUGGGCGUACAAAAUUCGGCAACCCCAAUCUCAGCGGUAGUCUCGGUGGCUUUCUCUGUGCACCUCGCCUCAGUCACACACAUAACAGCAUUUUCGCUGUAGCUAAGCUGUGGUCGCCACCGGAGGCUAUCCCAUGGGCAGCGCGAAUCAAGACACUGACAGUGGAACGAGGCUCGUCAAGUGCGUGUAAUUGUAUGCAACCUUUCAGGUUGGGAAUUGGCUGUCGCAGUGUUUCGAACUCUCGGGCUUCUCAACUUCAGGUCCAUGAGUGCUCCUGCGGCGACCAUGGCCCAGGGUGACUAAAAGCGAAACACAAGUCAUUGAAUUCAUCUUCGGAUCCUCGACUCGAUAUCUCCGCGGACCCGAACAGGUGCAUCAACUUUUGCUUGAUCUUAUUGAACAAAAUACGGCAUCCUUUCGAGACUCGACGGCCUUUUGCCCUGCAAGCCCAUCGCAUGGCUUCCCCUACUGCGGCCGCAGCACUAGAGCAAUCGACGCAUAAGCUGUUACCAGGGCAAUCGCCUCCUCUUGCAAAUUUAACAGACACGGACAAAUGCGCUAUUGUUGUCAUUGCUGCGGCAUUAUGCCUAGCAUUCAGCGUGUUUUCGAUGGCCAUAAGGGCUUUCGUGCGGCAGUACUUUCACCGGCCUGCAAGUGACUUGGGAUGGGAUGACAUGGCCUCUAUCACUUCAAUGGCUACCAUGAUAGUCCAAUCUGCAUUUGUCUUUGUCCAGGUCAGAAACGGACUCGGAAACACUAUACAUGGUCUUUCAGCGCAAGAUGUCGUCUCGUGGCAGCAGAGUGCGUUUAUCUGCGACCUUCUAUACAUUUUCAUUCUAUGGUUGACCAAGUGCUCGGUGGUCUUUCUCUUCAUCCGCUUGACUCCUGACUCGAGGCACGUCAAUGCUUCUUACGUUGUGCUGGGUUUAUCUACUAUUCUGAUGUUCAUUUCGGAAUUACUGGUAGCUAUUCGUUGCGAUGAGCCACAGCCAUGGAUAGUUAUUGGAGUCGAGUGCAGAGACUUGAUUAUCCGAUGGCAAGCAAUCACUGCAUUCGACGUGGUUGUUGAGCUCCUUCUAUUCGGGAUCUCAUUGUAUAUGCUUCACGGCCUGAAUUUUAGAACCACGAAGAAACUGAUCGUGCUGUCUGCCUUUGCACUUCGCUUACCAGUCAUAAUUCCAGCCAUCUUCCGCCUCCACUGGUUGGAAGUCCAAUACAAGAGUCUUGAUCCUACUCUAGACGGUGUACUGGCCUCAGUCUUCACCCAAAUACAACUUUCUUUCGCCAUAUUUGCGACUACAUCGCCCAUCCUGAGGACUUUCAUGACGGCCUUGAACACUCAUUACGGAGGGCCUAACAAUAUGCGAACAGCGAUAUCUAGUCACUCAAGACCCCCAGGAAAAUCGCCGGGGCAGUCUAUUUCUUUAAACUCCCCUGUGAGUUCAACGAGCCCAACACAGCCUGAGGGAGGCUCGGUAAGCAAGUGGGCUGUGCCGCAGACAAGAUGGGACAACAUUGAGUACAGUUUCAAAGUAACCGCUUCUGAAAAGGAGAGCAAAAUUCCACCGAGAAAUGGUAAUGGGCAGAGAAGCAUUUCCAAAGCCACGUCGUGGGCGGUAGAUCGUACAUUGUCUGCUGCCACAUUAGGAGGCAGAGCGGUAUAACAUCGAGUCCCGGCAAUACAACACUCAGCA